AUGGGGGACACCAUACAAAGGAUGAGAUCUGCUCCGUUUCCAACCCCUGCAGAAUUGGACGCAUAUGCUAAGAAGGUUGCCAACAACCCCCUCACCAUCAAGAUCUUUCCCAACAGCGUCAAGGUCCCCCAGAGAAACCACGUGCGCAGAACGGUCAACGGCCUGGAUACGUCAGGCCAGCGCUACAGCCCUUACCCCCCCUCUCAGGCCAGUGCCAAGACAGGACUCCUCGCCAUCGUCAAGGUGCCCACGGUCAAAAGUAUCAUAAAGGAUUUUGAUGGUAGCCGGGCUCGCUUGCACUCUGAAGUCAUUAUGAACCCUCCUACUGGACUCUACCAAGUGACUUCAACUAGCACUUUAAACCACCACCAAAAGAGCGUACCCCUUCCACCACAGGACCUGCCUCAGACUUUACAUAUACACCUCCCUCAGCAGCAGAGUCUCAGACACCCGCCCCCUUUUGCCCAGCACCCUCAGGGCCUACCCAGACUCCAGACUUUGUCUCAGCACCCAGGUCUAAACCACCCGCAGGGACCACCCACUGUCCUGCUUCAGCAGCAACAGCACCUUCAGCAGCAGCCGCUCGGCCUGCAGGGGGGCAGCAAGCUGCCUGAUGGCGAAGCUCCACCCAACGUUACCGUCUCUACCUCAACCAUUCCACUCUCCAUGGCUGCUGGGCUACACCAGGGCCAGCAGCCUGACCUGAGCACAAUCGUGCAUCAGCUCAACCAGUUCUGCCAAGCUCGGGUCCAAGGCACAGGGGCCACCUCCAUGUGUGAGGGCCAGAUCGCCAACCCCAGCCCCAUAAGCCGCAACCUGCUUAUCAGCGCAUGCUCCAGGGUGUCCAUGCACAGUAACCCUGCCACUCCUGGAUUCCUGCCACACAACUGCAUUAUCGGCCCACAAGAAAAAGCCACAGCCCCAAUGGGAGCCCACCCCCCACUCAGUACAACUGCUGUGAACCACUUGCCUUCUAACCACACAGAUCCGAAGCAACAGCAGCAACACCUGCAGCAGCAUCUUCACUCACAACAGAAUCAGCAGCAACAGCUUCAACAGAGCACGCUUCAGCACCAGAAGAUGCGCUCCUGGAGUCACCAUCAGUUGGUACAUGCUCCCCACCUUCAGAAUGGUGGGAUGCAUCUCUGCAAGCAGCCUUGCAGAGACCCAUCCUUCAGUUUUAAAGGCAUGGGCUACCCUGCAGAGGUGUGUGUGGGUCAGUCGUACUCACUGAAGCCUCCCGUAGAGAGGCCCACCCCCUCCCCUCCUGUCAACAACACCAUGCCUGGUCCCAUGGCCCACUACACUAACAGUCACUACUUUCAGUCCCACAUUUGGAGCAGCAGCAUCCUACCCACACCCAACAGUGACAGCUCCGGGUCUCAGGACGUAGCCAUGUCAUUCCACGGGGCGGGCCAAGGAGGCUGUACCACACAGGACUGUGGGCUCCCCGGAGCUCCCCAUUACAGGCUCGGAACAAGCUCCUCCAUGUCCUCUUGUGGCCAAACUAAUCUGAUGCAAACGGCGGAUUACAUGGGUGGGGACUUCCAGACGCCCUACUUCCGUGAUCAGAAUCUCGGGUUGAUGGCUAAGAUGCACAGGCCUCCUCUGAGCAGGGUAGGUCCAGAGGCUGGAGAUGGCAGAACCGCUCUCAUCCAGCACCCAGGGUACAGAUAA